CGACUGCGUUAGAUUGUCUGGUUUCAGUCUCGUCCUAGAACGUUCGCCCGCCAGAUUCUUACAGAGGUAAAUAAGGUACACCAGACUACCUUAAUUCAUGCGUAACUUGACUGAGGAAAUGUGGUGUCUGAGUUGAACUAGUUUAAUGCACACAUAUGGAAACGUGCUCUUCACUUUUAAAGUUUUCUUUGAAAACUUAAGUUUUCACUUGAAAAAAAUCUUCCAAAACCCGGGAGGACACAGAGAGAAAAAAAAAUGACGGCUAGUUGUUCCGACCUCCGCCAAAAACUUGACCACAACCACCACUCGGAUCAUGAUGAUGCAAGCUUCACAAAUCACAACAAACGACGGCCGUUUGAUGUCAGAUAUGAUCCCUCCAGGAGGCGGAGCCACGAUUACGGGAGGAGGCAGGGCAACUAUGAGCGCCGCUCUUCCUUCGAAGACGACAUGCAAGAAGUCAAGAAAAUCCACUCGGGCAUCCAGCAGCUUCAGCUUUUCUCGGAUGCAGAAAGCAAGGAAAUUGAAAAGAAAAUUGACGAAGUGGUGAAGAACGGACUGCAAGGCAAAUACCGACCGCACACUGUGGACAGGGCGCCACUGCGCAACAAGUAUUUCUUUGGUGAAGGCUACACGUACGGUGCGCAGCUGUCCAAGCGAGGACCAGGCCAGGAGCGUUUGUACCCAAAGGGAGAAGUAGACGAAAUACCGGAUUGGAUCCACGAACUCGUCGUGAAAAAACUAGAGGACCACGAACUUGUCCCGAAAGGUUUCAUCAAUAGUGCAGUGAUCAAUGACUACCAGCCAGGAGGCUGCAUUGUGUCGCACGUUGACCCCUUGCACAUCUUCGACAGACCCAUCGUUUCAGCGUCCUUUCUGAGUGAUGCGGCGCUGUCCUUUGGUUGCAAGUUCUCCUUCAAGCCAAUUCGGGUCACCAAGCCCAAAGUCAGCUUACCCAUGGCUCGAGGAUGCGUCACAUUGAUCAGCGGUUAUGCAGCUGAUGAGGUCACCCAUUGCAUCCGACCACAAGAUGUGAAAGCCAGAAGAGCAGUCAUCAUUGUACGAAGGGUUUUUGAAGACGCACCUCGCCUGCCAGCCCAGCCGUCUCUCAAGAGCCUGCCCGCCCCAUCUCAGGACAGAUGGCAAGGCUUCCGACACAGUAACCAUGACGACAACAACAGGGGUAGCUUUGGCAGCGAGAGGGCUCGUAGCCGGGGAUCACCCCCAUCCGUGACCAGCAAAGUCCGCUCAUCCGUGGCAGUAGUCAACAGCAAGGAAACUGAGACGAAGAAAACUCCGGCAAGGAACGCCGACUCCACUGGGGACAAAGAAGACACGAAGGAGCACAAGCGGGUAGCACUGAAGAGACAUUUACUGGGUGGGCGUGGCAAAGGGGAGGAGCCACCGGAACACAAUGGCAAAGCAAAGGCGGAGCCUGUGCCCCACAAGAAGGUCAAGAUCAACAGGCAGCAGCCAUUUACAUCGUAAGUUUUUCUGGAAAUAGACAGCUCCGCUAUGCCCCACCUCAUGGUGUUUUUAGCAAUCACAGCCGUUAUUUAUGUCCAACAUGCAUGGAAAAUUAGUAGACAUGUGUGCACAUGAAGAGGCACAUGUUUCCCACUUGUCUUGGUGUAAGGCGUUCUUAGCUGGGUAGUUCACAAUAGAUGGGAACAGCCUUUGUGCCGCGCAGCAGCAUUCAUUCAUGAACCUGACUUGGACGACAAAUUAUGUCGACGCAAAGAACGUCUUGGGAAUUUCGCAUUGCAACAGGGCGUGACUUAACCCUAACCACCCCAACUCCAUCAAAAUCCACCCCCCCCCCCCCCACCCCCAUUUUGGUGGAUUGUGGGGGAAUUG